AUGGUAGAGAUAUCGACAAAGAAACCUCCGAAAUCGUCUUAUUUGAAUGUCGAUAAGAAAUCGAUUUCUAUCGAUUUGGCACUGGAACGAAGUUUUCGGAAAAAGGUCCUCAAGGAUUUGAAGCUGUUGGCUUUAUCCCAAGAAGAUUUUGUUGAAAGAUGUAUCGAUGAUGUGAAUGGUAGCAAUCCAAUGUUUAUUUCGACGUCGACAUGUGCAGAUACAUCCGUAUUGGGGCAAAAGGAAAAAGAAUGCAAUGGUCCUAUUACAUAUCCAACAAGUUGUCGGUUUUGUGGUGGGAUGUUGCGUGCAAUCGAUAAACAUCGCGAAGAUCAGAAGCUUACAUUGCAGUGCAGGCAUCGUAAAUGUAUGAAAUUUAAUGGUCUCACUGCAGACGAGCAGGCCAAACAACUCUUAUCAAAGAUGGCGAAACCAAGGGCUCCACAGAUUGAUUAUGGUUGGUAUCUAUCAGAUCCCGUGAGACAUUCCUAUAGAAUUUUUGCGAGCAGUGGCGAUUCCUCGGAUUUAGAAGUCGAUAGGUCAAAUGUGGAUGUCCGACCAAUUAUUCAAGAUGGAAAUGUAAUGCUUCGAGUUUUCGGACAAACACGACUGGUCAGAUUAUUAUGA